AUGUUUAGUUCUGGUUUCAUUUUGGUCACCUGCCAUUAUGAUAGAGGAACUGUUACCAUAGAGAACCAUGGACAAGGCGGUAACUCUCAGGAUACAUGGGAGGAAGUUGAUCCUGAUGAGCUCUCAUAUGAGGAACUCCUCGCACUCGGUGAAGUAGUUGGGACCGAGGGCAGGGGGCUUUCAGCUGAUUCAAUUGCAUCCUUGCCUUUGGUAACAUACAAGACAGGAAAUAGACAAACUGGAAGCAACGAUUCGUGUGUCAUCUGCUGUGUAGACUACGAGGAUGGUGACUCUUAACGUCACUUUCUUGCAAGCAUUCAUAUCAUCCCGAGUGCAUAAAUAAUUGGUUGAAAAUAAACAAGGUCUGCCCUGUUUGUAGUGCUGAGGUCUCAACUUGAAGGCAAAGCUAGUAUUUUCGGACAGACAUCACCGUGGAGCCACAACAUAACUGCUUGUUUUUAGCAGAAUGUUCCACCUCUUUUGUAUUUGAAAAUAAACUUGUAUCAAUUCUCUUUAUUUAACUCUUUUGUGUUGAACCACCUUUGGAAUUAUUUUCCUUUCUUUUUAUGGCCGCUGGCUGGAUUUUUACUU